AAACGAUAGGUAACGAAAAUACGAAAUAACGAGACUCACGACGCCAUUUGUUUAAGAGACAGCUGGUGGCGUCUUAGCUUUAAUUUUUUGUUUUUGUUUCUGCGUAUCUUAUAAAUAGUUGCAUUAUUGAUAUACACUAUUAUUUUAAAUAUAUUUUGCCAUUUUUAACAGUGGCGUCAUCAUGAUGGCAGGAAACGCGGAAAUCAAGCCUGAGGCUUUGCCAGAUUUAGACGAUCUAUUGCAGUGUCCUGUGUGCUAUGAAAUUCCUUCCGGUCAGAUCUUUCAAUGUAACGAAGGACAUCAUGUUUGUGGACGGUGUAAAGUGCGCUUGGAUAUGUGUCCGGUUUGCCGAGCCCUUUUUUUUGGUACACGCAAUUAUGCUAUGGAGGAACUCAUAGCAAAUGUUAGAAAAUUGCGAGCUUUUAAAUUAGGUGGAAAAAUAACAACAGGAGCAGAACUUGUGGAGAGUUCGGCGCCUGUUGAUGCGCCUGACGUAGAAACCGAGAGUAGUCCUGUUGAAAAUGAUGAAAACAAUUCUGAGGUUUCAAGUCGUUCAUCACUUAGAGCUCCCCAGGCAUGCAAGGGUUUAUUCCGUUGUCUAUGCUGCAAGAAUGGAAAUGGAGAGCGCCUGCCAGCUGCUCGUUUGCUCAAUCACCUACGUUAUUUCCACUCUCCUGAUCUUAUUGAGGGUCAGUCAGAAGAUGGAGAAUAUGUUCAACUUUGGCAAUUUUCCACUGCACCAGGCAGGAUUGUGACUGCAGUGAGAGUGUCAGAUAUGGGCAUAUUCUUUCUUAUUAUUGAAAUAAGUGACGAUUCAAUUUGUGCGUGGUUGUCAAUGGCGGCAUCGCCUUGGGUGGCACAUGUGUUUUCUUACACCGUUACGAUAUCAGGAAACGACAGAGAAGCAAUUUUUUCUGACUGUGUCUGGUCUGUUAGAUCGUGCGAAGGCUCACUGAAGAAACGUGGUCACUGCCUGAUGAUGACCGGAUUAGAUGCUCGCGCUUUGAUCGCGCCAGCUGCAAUUAGCGGCAAGCUAUCUGUCCGUCGUACGCCUACGGACCAACUAGCGCACCAGACCCAGCCGCGGGCCGUUCUUCGGGUGGCCAGUCGAGGCAACGAUCGUGACAAUGGUCGUGCUCCUGUAUCUCAUAAUCUAGAACCAUUCCUGCAGGACUUGCAGAAUGACGUGGCUAGGUUAUCACGUGCAUUCGCUACUCUCGGCCGCGAAGCUAACGCUCUGGUACGUUCAGAAGCAGAAAUGAGGUCUAGAAUUGAGAACAGCUCUAGAGGCAGCCAAACCACUAAUGCUGAACGUACAGCAGUAGCAACAGCUGCUGUGGAGCCGCCACCCACCAUCAAUAAUCAAUCCGACGGUCCUGACCGCGCACACUUGUCGCGCAAUGCACGUAGACGUAUGCGACAGAGACUAAGGGCGGCGCUCAACGCAACCCAACCUCCAGCGGAUCGAACUAAUGCACUAGCUCAUGUACAAAAUAGCCAAGUUGCGACGUCGCAAAGACGCAAUGGUCCUGUAACAAAUACACCUACUGUGCAUAUGAUGGGUUUAGCUAUUGUUCAACAACCACCCGCGCCUCCAGUCCCGCCACCAUCAGCCAGUGGGCCGUCACAUGGCCACUCUCAAAAUGGAAAUCACGUUCGCACGAACAGGAAACGUCGUCAACGUAGAUAAAUAAUUUCAAUUUUAUUUAGUGUGUAAGUAGUAUUGAGGGGAAAAUUAAUUUGGCAAAUGUUAUUGACUGCUCUUUUCAGAGUCUCCAUGUAUCCUCUGGGGGUUUCAACUGUGUUAAUUACAUGAGUUGUAAAUAUUUUCGUCUUUUGACAAUCGCAAUUUUUACAAGUGCUGUGAUAAAUGUAAUGUAUGGCAGAGUCGUGCUAUGAAUAAUACUUAAAGGAUUACUUAAAAUAUCCCCAGAGUGACUAAUCAUUUUGUGAUUUUAGAUAGAUUGUUAUCAUUAUAACUUUAUUUCAGUUGAUAAAAUGCAUUUUAAUGUAAUAUUUUUGAUUAUGAUAUUGACAUUAUAUUAUUAUAAUAUCAAUUUGACUAGUGAAUAGAAUUAAAUGAAUGUGCUUGAUUUUUAUCCUUGUAAUCGUGAAUUCUGUUGUAGAGAUACUACCAUGUUUAAAUAUCUGUUAAUGGACUUGAAAAAACACCUAGUUGUACAUUAUAAUUAUAAGGAAUCUCUAACAGCGA